AUGAGAACCACCGUGGAACGUUUGAGUAAGUCAUCAGCUUCCUCUCGUCGUCGCAUCGUGCCCAUUAAUCAACGAGAUUUUGAAUCUAUUCGUGAUGCCACGAGUAUUGGUUCUCGAACUGCACGAUCAAACAAGAGUUCGAUACAUACAAGAAAUGGUAUAUCACUACCAAACAUCAGUGAUCGCUCGAAUAUAUUUGAUCAAAAAUCUCAAGCGAAUAAAAAACGAAAAAAGUAG